AUGCCGUCGGUGAUCGAAAACCACGGACGACCGAUCUGGACCCCGUUCGGGAACGGCGCGGCGACGAGCGGGAAGUCGCACGGCGUCGAGGAGGUGCUUCGACAAAACAUUGCGCACUCAGAAUACUUUCGAAAACUUCGUCGCGCGGACGAUCUGGGGCGACCGGCGUACGAUUUCAUGGCGCUCGUGGAUGAGAUUUAUGAAUUGGUCGAUCACUGCGAACCGUGGAUGUGCGGGAACGCGCGGGGGGCGUCGACGGGGUUUUGCAUCUUGUUUCAAUUCUGUGAGAUGGAGCUCAGCGACGGCAACGUGUGGCAUUUGUUGAGGCACGGAGACUCGCCGUUUAUCCGAGCUUUAGGGUUCCUGUAUGUACGGUACGUGAAGAACGGGCGGGAGCUCUUGAAGUGGUGCGAGGAGUUCUUCGGAGACGAGGAAAAGUUUAAACCGUCGCCGGACGGGAAGGAGGUGACGAUGGGCGCGUUCGUUCGCGACUUGCUGCUCGAGCAGAGGUACUUCGAAACCAUCCUGCCGAGGAUUCCUGAGGUUGCGAGGAGAGAGAUCGUGGAGAGGAUCAAGGAGCUUGGAUACUCAGAUAAAGGUCUCGGUUGCGGUGGUCAGGGCGGGAGCCGCAUUGCUGGUGGUUCUCAGCCGCAGUCUGUGAAGAACUCACUUGCAACGCACGUCGGCAGACGGGCCCCGAGCGCGAGCGGUCGACGAGAUUACGACGAUCGCCGCAAUCGAAACCACUACGAUGAUAGACGCGAUGGUGGCUAUAGAGACAGAGACAGAGAUUAUCACAGGCGGGAACGUUCUCGCUCGCGCGACCGAGACAGGCGACGGGAUCGCUCGCGCUCGCGAGAUCGCGACUCGUACAAACCUUACAGGCGCGAAGACAAGUACGACCGUUACGAUCGACGAUAG